GGCGCGUGCGCAGAGCGGCGACGCUGAGCCGCUCGAACGUCCUCCCCAACGGUCAGCGAUGGCGUCGGCGGUGGUCGCCGUGGCCGGAGGUCAGCGGUCAGCGAUGGCGGGCACGGGCGGGCUGGAGCAGAAGAAGUUCGAGUACUUCUCCUCCAUCAGCCCAAUGGCGAGGAAGAUCAUGCUGGAGAAGCAGAAGAUCCGGGAGAAGUACGGGCCGCGCUGGGACAGCCUGGAUCCCCGGGAGCAGGAGGAGAUCAUCGACUGCUGCAUGGUGGAGCCGCAGGACCGCGGCCGCUACAGCCGGCACCGGGUGUCGCGGGAGGAGGCGGCCAGCUACCCCCGCCUGCAGCUGCAGACCGGACAGAAGAUCGUGCACUUCGGGGAGGAGGAUAUUACUUGGCAAGAUGAACACUCGGCUCCAUUUUCUUGGGAAACCAAGAGUCAAAUGGAAUUCAGCUUUGCCUGCACUCCUGCUGCAGAACCAGUGGUUUCUGCACAGAGUGAACACCGACAGCCAGUCAAGAUAUCCCAAGGAAAUCACCAACAUAAAACAUCCCAGGGAAGUCAGCCAAUCAAACAACCGCAAAAUGGAAAGGUACCAAGUACGGAUUGUCCAGCACAGGUCAAAAAGGAAGAGUCAUCGUCCUUCUGGAAACUGAGUACAGAAAGAUCUAAGAUGGAAGGUGAUCAAUCUGAUUACCAGUAUGUAACUCCAAGUCAGAUCAAGUCAAUGGAGAAAGGAGAAAAGCCAGUUCCUUCCUACUUGAGACAAGAGUCUUCAAAGGAGAAGGAUGAAAAUAAAUCUGAGAAACCUUGGACGAAGAAACAGGAACGAAUAAUCAACACCAAUGUCUCAUCCGUGUUCAUUGACAGGCCGCGUGCAAGCCAGCCUUCAUUUAGCGUACGUGAAGAUGUUUUGGCCCCUGGCCAAACUGAGAAAUCUCCAGAUAAAAAGAAUGUUGCAAAGGAAUCAGAAGAUGAAGAGAGGGAUGACUCCUGUGCAUCCGAUACACCAUUUUUCUCACAGAUCAAUAUGGGCAAUUCCAUUCGAAAAACAGGCUUUGACUUCUUGGACAAUUGGUAAUCUUCCUACUUGCUUCAGAAUUCUUAACAGCCAAAGAAAAACAGUCCAACUACAAGCAUGGAUCACACUUGGAUUAAACUAUUGCUCAAAUACUCCAGUUCAUCAUUAAAACUAACACUAACAUUUUUACAUUGUGCUCUUCGUAGUAUGUAUGAAAUGGGUUGACUUUCUAUAAAUAGGAAAUGUCCUUGGAUUAUAGGCAAAUGGUUACAUUGAACAGAAUCUGUUUACCUUCUAAUAUCCUAAUGCAUGGCACAUAUACAUUUCAAGUCAGAACUCUGAAUUCGAGGGAGAAUUCUGCAGGUAACUAUUCCAUCAGUUCUCAUGCAAAUGACAUUGCUUUAGAUAAUUGUCUUAGCUCCCAAGGAAACCUGGAUCACAGCAGAUAAUAAAUGGACGUUAUGGCACAUACAGGUAGUGAUAUCAAAUUCAAAGCUAACUUCAGUUAUAUGCAAGGCAACUGUCGUCUUUUCCUAAUUAAAUGAAAUCUACAUUAUUCCAGCAGAUGAGUUUUUGACAUUUGUUCUUGCUGCAACACACUUACUGUAUUAGUUUUACCAUAUUGGAUUCCAAAGUGUAAACAUUUCACUGAAGUGAUUAGUGAAAGAACUGCUGUAGGAGGAAUAAUGGUAUUUGACUGGAUUCAAGACUGGUGAUGAAAAUCUCAAAGCAGCAGCUGGAACCUUAAAAUGUUAUAAAGUGUUUUCUUUUGAAAAUGGAUAUGAAACAAAAUGCUCAGUAAAAAUGGACACUGUCUCUUUAUGUAUAAAUAUUAACCUUUACCUUUAUUUGUGUCAAGCACGAUCAGCUGGAAGCUGUAUGAUGAGAAGACUGUUGCUGGUUCCAAAUGUAGUUUAGAUCGUUAAAUUAUAUAAUUUGAAAAAUCAAUUUAAUAGUAAAAUUAGUUCAUUGUUUAAAAGUCCUUGCAGAUUUUAAAAAAAACUGCAGUUAUGUUUGAUUCAUUUUAUAGCUGUUUUUCAUUGAAACAAAAUACAUUUUCUCUGCAGAGAGAGACUCACUCUUUGGACAUACUCAUAAUAGAAUUACCAUAUUCACAAAGAUAUGCAAUAAAAGUAAAAUCCCAAUUUCAAAAUCCCAAUCCCCUUUCAGUGUGACAUCAAAAAAAUUUAAACUUUGUUUGAUAACAGUUCAAAUGGGAGCCAGUAAACAGUUCACUUGUUAAAUUCUCUUCCAUCUGAUGACAAAACCUGUUUACAUAUAAUUUAAAAUGUUCUGUGCUUAUACCUAAAUGUAUAUAUAAUGUAUUAUAUUGUUUUAUAAUUCAUACUUGUAGAUGCUGUAGACUAUAUCUGUCAUUUAUCAUCAUGUAACAGUCUUCUCUAAAGAUUGACCAUUGUAAAGGCUGUCAGUUGUUCACAAUUCUGCAAUUUUCAGCUGGCUUAAUGUUUUUGUUGAGAUUGAAUUGCAUUAAAUUAAAGGCCCAACUAUUGUCUAAUGCUUUACUGAAA